GUGUUUUGUUUUGAAUCCAAGCCUUUUCUCUUCGAGAACAAACUUAGAAAAUCUCGUAGCGCCGCUACAUGGCGCCAUAUGUGGAAGCUAUAAAAGAAAGUACGGAGAAUAGUUUAGGAAAAUACACAAUCUAGGAGAGACUGAGCGCGAAGCAAAAUCUUGAAUCGAGGGACAAGCAGCAAUCAUGCAUUACAAGAAAGCACCCUGCAGAGAUUUUCAGCGUGGCAGUUGUCAAUAUGGUGAAAGGUGCAAAUUUCUCCACGGCACUCAGCAACCACAGAAAUCGAGUAGCUUUGGCUUUGGGGUGCAAACUAGCUCACAACAACAACAACAACAACAGAAACCUAAUCCCUUUGGAUUUGGCGUUCCUAGCACCGGUCAAUCUAAAGCAGCUGCUGAUUUUGGAUCCAAACAAAACCAAUAUAAGCCGUUUGAAAACAAGUGGAUUCGUUCUUCCACACCUACGGCUAUGGGGAAUGCUCAGUCUCGAAAACCGGACAAUCAUCUCCCGUCAGCUAAUCACAAAUGCACAGAUGGGGAGUCUUGCAAGCGCCAAAUUGCCGAAGAUUUUCAAAAUGAGAGGCCAUUAUGGAAACUGACUUGUUAUGGCCACAAUAAAAAUGAACCUUGUGACAUUGUUGGUGAUGUUAGUUACGAAGAACUACGGGCGAUUGCUUAUGAUGAAGCCAAACGAGGAAUAAGUUUGCAAUCAAUUGUUGAAAGAGAGAGAAAUUUACUUAAUUCUAAGUUAGCCGAGUUUGAGGCCCUUCUUCAUAAGCCAUAUGUAAAACCAGCAAAUCGUGCUCCUGGCAACCAAAGCUCAUUUUCGGGGACUAAUUCUCUUUCAAAUCUACCAAAUUCAAUUUUAGGUGCAUUUGGUAGCCAACUCCCGAGUCAAACAUUUGGAAACUCUACCCUAAGUGGCUUUAAUAACAGUGGCAUAACAAAUGCUGAAAGUAAUCUUUCCUCUCCAGCGAUGCUAACAAACUUCCCUACAACGAGUGCAAAUUCAGGUGCCGAUGGACAAAUUGUGCCAAAUGCCCAGUUGGUAAAUAAGUUACAGCAGGAAAAUAGUUCUGUGGAUGUUAGCAUUUGGAUGAAAGAGAAAUGGGUUCCUGGAGAGAUACCGGAAGUGGCUCCUCCAGAUUCACUUGUUCAGUAGCCCAUAUUUUUGAAGACCAUAUACUAAAAUAUGUACGUGCAAAUGUAUGUACUAAAAUACCUAGAUUUGAUAGAAAGAUAUAGUAUAGAAGUUUAGGAAACUAAUAUAUGUAUAACUUCAAACUUUAUAAGUUUAAGGGUAAUUUUUAGAAUUUUCUAUCGAAUGAAUGACACAGGAUUAUACAUCAAGGGAUAAAAAUAAAACUAUAAAUAUUUUAAA